AUGAACAAACUUGGUAUAAAUAUUUGGCUCUCUGCACCUGUUCCUGUAAUACAUCACAAGCAUCUAGAAUUCUCAGCAAAUCCUGCAAUUCUUCAGCUUCCUCCAGCUCAAAUAUUCCUUUCUAUAGUGGAGAAAGUAGUGGUGAGAGCCUCCCUACGCCAAGAUCAGAAGAUGGACAGCCAAAUGCUAAUGCUAAGCCCAUUCGGAUCGAAGAGUAACANUGAGAGCCUCCCUACGCCAAGAUCUGAAGAUGGACAGCCAAAUGCUAAUGCUAAGCCCAUUCGGUUCGAAGAAUUACAGAAAGCGACCAGAAACUUUCGACCUGACUGCAUUUUAGGUGAAGGAGGAUUUGCUCUUGUUUUUAAGGGAUGGAUCAACGAGCGCACUCUUACUGCUGCAAAUCCGGGAUCCGAAAUGACGGUUGCUAUCAAGAAGUGGAUUCCCUGUGGUUUCCAAGGGUUCGAGGAAUGGUUGACAGAAGUUAAAUAUCUGAGCAAUUUUCGUCAUCCAAACCUGAUUAAACUUAUUGCUUACUGCAACGAGGGUGACAACCUUCUUUCGGUAUAUGAGUUCAUGCCAAAAGGAAGCCUAGACAAUCGCUUGUUCAGAAGAGGGCAUCAAUGUCUUUCUUGGUCUACUAGAAUCAAGAUAGCUGUUGAUACUGCUAGAUGCCUUUCUUUCUUGCAUGAUGCUAAAAACAAAGUGAUACAUCGAAAUUUGAAGCCUUCUUGCAUUCUUUUGGAUGAGGAUUUUAAUGCCAAGUUGGCCGGCUUCAGUCUCGCUAAAGAUGGGCCACCUGAUGAUAAGACUCACGUGUCCACUCGAGUAAUGGGUACAUGUGGCUACAUUGCACCGGAAUACCUUGCUACAGGCCAUCUAACGGAAAAGUGUGAUGUAUAUAGCUUUGGAGUUGUUUUGCUAGAAUUACUAUCUGGCCGUUGGGGUUUUGAAAUAUCUGCUGAUGAAGAACAGGUGCUAGUGGAUUGGACAAGAUCAUAUUUGUCUAAAAAGAAAGAAGUGAAUCAAGUGUUAGACGCCAAAUUGGAAGGCCAGUACCCUCUGGAAGGAGCAGUUAUAGUUUCAAAUCUUGCUUUGCAAUGCGUAAGUGAUAAUCCCAGAAGCAGGCCGCACAUGACAGAGGUUUUAGCCACAUUGGAACGACUCUAA